AUGGGUGUAUUAGAGAAAAUUAAAGAGAUUGAGGAGGAGAUGGCGAGGACGCAAAAGAACAAGGCCACCGAAUACCAUUUGGGUCUUUUAAAAGCCAAGCUUGCUAGGUAUCGUGCUCAGCUACUUGAACCCACUUCGAAGGGCGGUAAACCGGGAGAGGGCUUUGAUGUACAAAAGAGUGGAGAUGCACGUGUGGCCCUCAUCGGCUUUCCAUCAGUUGGAAAGUCUACCCUGCUUUCACUAACCACAAAGACAGCUUCGGAAGCCGCCUCGUACGAAUUUACCACCCUUACAGCCAUCCCUGGUGUCCUCGAAUAUGAAGGAGUUCGCAUUCAAUUGCUUGAUCUUCCCGGGAUCGUCGAGGGGGCCAGUCAAGGCCGAGGUCGUGGGCGUCAAGUUGUCUCAGUGGCCAAGACUGCUGAUCUCAUUCUAAUGAUGCUUGAUGCAACAAAAUCAACUGAACAGAGACGACUACUUGAAUAUGAACUUGAUGCUGUCGGUAUUCGAUUAAACAAGAGCAAGCCAGAUGUUGUAUUCAAACAAAAAGCAGCUGGCGGGAUAACGAUCAAUGCUACAGUCAAAUUGACAAAAAUUGACGAAAAGGCCAUCAGAACCAUUCUUGCAGGAUAUAAGAUUCACAAUUGUGAUGUGAUGAUUCGUGAAGAUAUUACAAUAGAUGAGUUUAUCGAUGUACUCUUGGGUACCAGAAAAUACGUUCCCUGCCUCUAUGUGUAUAACAAAAUCGACGCCAUUUCUCUUGAGCUUUUAAAUGAGCUUGCUCAUCAAGACCACACACUGGUUAUUAGCUGCGAGAUGAACCUGAACAUUGACUAUCUCCUCGAAAGAAUUUGGGGCGAACUCGGCCUAGUCAAAAUAUACACCAAGAAACGAGGUGAACACCCUGAUCUCACAGACCCCAUUUGCCUUCGCAAAGGCGCAACUAUCGAGGUAGGGUCUCAAUUGGCUGUUCGGUGA